AUGUGCCGUGUUGUUUGGUGGGCGGAAACAGCGAGAGAGCAGCAUGGCUAAGAGAGAGAGGGAGCGGCAGCCAGUCUGAGCAGAAAGUGGGAAUUAUUCUGACAUGAGGAAUAUGGCAAAUGAUCUGCAGAAAAACUGGUACUCCAUACUUGAUGCUGCCCCUACUGAUGGUUUACAAGAGCUGAAACAGAAGUACCAGAGACUGGUCCUUAUGUUUCACCCAGACAAACAGAAGCCUGGCUUGUCAGAGGAGGAGGCAGAUCUGCACCUGCAGAGGUUCAUAGAUGUGGACCAGGCAUGGAAGGUGUUAAGCAAUGAGGAGAGCAGGAGGAAGUUUGACCUGCAGCUGCGUGCACAUGAACUGAAGCAGAGAUGGCCAGUUGAUGCUUGUGUUACAGUGGAGGACAUGAACUGGGACAGUGGGAAUGAAUGUUACUCCUACAGCUGUCGCUGUGGUGGGGAGUUUCACCUCGAGAAGGAGGAAGCCGAGGAGGAAGACUCUGUGGUGUGCUGCGACACGUGUUCGCUCAGUAUUGAAGUGAAGAGAUCUACAUGACGCCCUGGGUUUAUGUGAGCAUUUGUAAAGUUGCCUUGUGUUUUCUUGUAUUUGUUCAUGGGAAAGAGCAUAAAAGCUUAAUUUACUGACGUGUUUAUGGAACUGGAACAUCUGGUCAAUGGAGACCGUUAACUUUUUGUGCUCGUAGGUUUUUCCAUCUGAAUCUCAAUAGGCAAUUUAUCCAGGAAAUCCAGUAAAUGCAUGAUUUUUUUUUUUUUUUUGGUAAAAGUUCCCCUCAGAUUUCCUGCCUAAAGCCAAAAAUGUUGGAAGCUCUUCGUAUUUUUUUAUAAAAUCAUUUUUACAGUCAUCACUGAAGAGACACCGUCUGUGUUUAUUAGCUUUGUAGAAAAGCGUCGACUUUCAGUAGAAAAAAAAAAAAUCAGUUCAGCUUCUUUAUUAUGAAGUUUUCAAAUUACAUUACACUUCUGUUUGACUGGAAAGGAAAGAGUUACAGCUCUCAUAUGACAGC